AGCGAUCCUUUUAUACAUAUACGGAGGGGCGGAGCUUCGUGGAAGGUAUUUGCAAUAGUAGGAGGAAAAGGCUGGACUGUAAAAGAAAUGGAAGAACUUAUUUCUGCGUAAACCUGAUCUUUGCUCUCUUUUUAAAAAUGCUAUUUAAAAUAAACGGCUGCUUUUCGAAAGAGUAAGUUCUGUAGAAUGUUUAAAAGUUUAUUUGUUUUUAGUGCAAAUCUUUUAUUUCCGCGUACUUCGCCUGCAGUUAGGAGGACGGGCAAGAGCAGCAGCCGCGCUUCCCAAUCGUCUGGUUUUCAUUUCUCCUGGGGCACAAGAUGAUUGAAAUGUUGGCAGCAAGUGAGACUUUGGAAUUGCUGCGGCAGCUGAGUGUGUUACUGGAUCAAGAGUUAAGAUGUCAGCCAAAGUUAUCUGGCCUGAGAAUAAUUGAAUCUGCUCACGAUAAUGGGCUCCGGAUGACGGCAAGGUUGCGAGACUUUGAAGUGAAGGACCUGCUUAGUUUAAUUCAGUUCUUUGGCUUUGGUACAGAGACGUUUUCUCUCACAGUGAAUUACUUAGACAGGUUUCUGUCAAAAAUGAAGGUACAGCCAAAACACUUGGGCUGUGUUGGGCUAAGCUGCUUCUACCUAGCAGUGAAAGUGACAGAAGAAGAGAGGAAUGUUCCAUUAGCCACCGACUUAAUUAGAAUAAGCCAGUACCGAUUCACAGUUUCCGACUUGAUGAGAAUGGAGGAGAUUAUUCUAGAGAAGCUGUGUGGUAAAGUGAAAGCAACGACGGCCUUCCAGUUUCUGCAACUUUAUCACUCGGUCUUACAUGGCAGCCUAACCUAUGAGAGGAAGAAACAUCUUAAUUUUGAGAGACUUGAAGCCCAGCUCAAGGCAUGUCACUGCAGGAUUGUUCUUUCGAAAGCAAAGCCAUCUGUCUUGGCUCUCUCAAUAUUGGUCCUGGAAGCUGAAGAAGAAGAACUGCCAGGAUUGGAGGGCACCAUAGAACACCUUCAAAUACAUUCCAAGAUCAAUGACAGAGAGCUGUCUUUUUGGAAAGAGCUUGUGUCCAAGUGCCUUUUGGAAUACUCCUCAAGCAAGUGCUCCAAACCAAAUGUUCAGAAGCUGAAAUGGAUUGUGUCCGGCCGUACGGCACGACAGCUAAAGCACAGUUACUACAGAAUCGCCCAUCUUCCCACGAUCCCGGAAAGUGGUUUCCUGAAAGAGAAUCCAUAAGAGAAGAUGGGAGUGCAGAUUUGGCUAGGAUCUCCUUUUGUAUUGGAGCAGAGAAUCAGCUGGAUAUAUCUUGAACCCUACUGAAAACCAGUAUCCAUGCUUAUUUUAAAAUGUUGCUACUUGUUAUAUCAGAGGUGUUUGUUUUUAACCCCUCAUGAUGAAGAAUGAAGAUACUGUUACAGAAUGAUCCCUGGGCCUAAAGCAUACACAAAUGGCAGCUAUUUGAAUGUUACAUUCUGACUUCUGGAGGAAAAUGAAAUUCAUACUACCAUUAGUGUUUGGUCCUAAACAUUUCUACACAAACUUUUUAACAUGUUCAGACCACGUUUAAGGAAGUGAAACUUUAAUGUCCCAACUGAAUCCAGGAUUCUGAAACUUCUUGAAAUAAUGAUGCACUUUACAAGUAUGGAACUGGAUUAUAUGUCUGUGCCAGGACUGAAUCAGAUGAGUAUUGCAAGUGUUUGAGUUAAACUAUGAUGUUUUUAAUGUGUUUUAAACACCAGGGUAUUAGAAGUAAAGCAUUUAAAUAUAUAAUGUGACUAGCACCACUUCACUGCACAUUCUAGCAAAGUUUAAAUGCUGCUUAAUGUCUGCUUUUUUAAAAACACUGUUUGAAACUUCACAAUGUUCACUGACACUUAAGCUGAGGUAAGAAUGUAGGUCAAGCAUUGGGACAUGAGCACUUCCCAAAAAUAGAAAGGCUGUCUGAGACGCUUUGUCCAAAGUCUGUACUGAGUUAAACAGUUUUAAAAUGUGCGGAAGUAGAAAGUGUGAAAGGCAGUCCUGGAGUACAUCUUGGGGAACACAAUCGUGACUGGUCAAAGCAUGUGAGGUGGGGAUUGCAGUAGAACAUUGCGUUAGGUUGGUUUUAUAAACCUCAUACACAGGCUUGUUUUAUUUUAAGCUGGAAAGUGUUUCUAGAGGAAGAUUCCAUAAUGUGGA